AUGCCCAGUCACAUAUCCGAAGGUUCGGAUGAUGACCCCAAAGCACAUUUCUCCAUCAAGUCACAGGAUCUAGCAAGAUCGGCAAAUUCGUCUGAGAAGGAUAUUUCAGAGGAGCAAAAAUCAGGUGACUUCUCACCAGACACAAAUGAGGAAUCUGCAGAAAAGCCAAGACAGGAUACAGAAACUCCAAGUAACGGUAGUAGUGUGGAGCCACGGGAUCCGCUGCGUUGGUUUGGCAUCCUUGUUCCGCCUGCUCUGCGCACCGCACAAUCUACAUUUAUUACGGCUGUCGAGGGACCCAUUGCUCGAAUAGCCACGGUCGCGAUGGAUUUGAGAAGCCAGGAGAUUGAAAUCGGGCGGAUGAGGAAGCAGAUCAAGAAGUUAUCAGCAUAG